UACUAGGAUACAGUGCGCAGGCGUACUUCCCGCUUCCCGGCGGCGUGUUCCUCAGUUCCAGGUUUCCUAGUUUCCUGGCAGGUGGUCCGCGCGGGCUCCUGGCAGUGCACCUUUCACCGCGGCUAGCUUUUUGGCUGGGACACUCGCACCACAGCACGCAAGCUCCCGAGGCCUCUGCUCCGGCUCACACGCUUCCACCCGCAACGGACUCAUGGCCGAGCGCGGGGAACUUGAUCUGACCGGCGCCAAACAGAACACCGGUGUGUGGCUGGUUAAGGUUCCUAAAUAUUUGUCACAGCAGUGGGCUAAAGCACCUGGAAGAGGUGAAGUUGGGAAACUGCGGAUUGCCAAGAAUCAAGGAAGGACUGAGGUGUCCUUUACGUUGAAUGAAGAUCUUGCAAAUAUUCAUGAUAUUGGUGGGAAACCAGCCUCAGUCAGUGCUCCUCGAGAACAUCCGUUUGUCCUGCAAAGUGUCGGAGGACAGACAUUAACAGUAUUUACCGAGAGCUCGUCGGAUAAACUGUCUCUGGAAGGAAUCGUGGUACAAAGAGCUGAAUGCCGACCUGCUGCUAGUGAGAACUACAUGAGAUUAAAGAGAUUACAAAUAGAGGAAUCUUCCAAACCUGUAAGGCUAUCACAACAACUGGAUAAAAUUGUAACAACCAAUUACAAACCUGUUGCUAAUCAUCAGUACAAUAUUGAAUAUGAAAGGAAAAAGAAAGAAGAUGGGAAACGAGCUCGAGCUGAUAAGCAGCAAGUUUUAGACAUGCUGUUUUCAGCGUUUGAGAAGCACCAGUACUACAACCUGAAGGACCUGGUGGACAUCACAAAACAACCUGUGGGCUACCUGAAGGAAAUCUUGAAAGAAAUUGGUAUUCAGAAUGUAAAAGGGAUCCACAAAAACACAUGGGAGCUGAAGCCAGAAUACAGACACUAUCAAGGAGAAGAAAAGAGUGACUAAGCGGACGCUGGGCAGGCUGGCUGGUGGAGCCCGUGCAGGGUGACACUGAGGCCGCAGCGAUGAUUCUGGAACACUGAGCGCCUGUGUCAGUAGCAGUAACAUGGCUGGUACUUGGGUUUCUCUUGGUCAAUUUUUCAAACCUCUAUUUCUUAUAAAGUUUCAUAAAUUUUUUUGAGAAGAAAGAAAUUUAUUUAUAGACUUGUAUCAAACCAGAUUAUCCAUGACUAGGAUAGGGUUGGGGAUGAAAAGGAUUUUUCUUUUUAAAUGAUUACUUUUACAAUGUAAAAUUAGGAAUUUGUUUUCUAAAUUAAGACUGUCCUUCUUCUAUCUCUGAGGAACAGAAGUAAUGCAGAUUCGAAGAGAGGAAAGUCAGUUACUGAAACUAUUAAGAAGAAUAAAAAGCCAAAGUUCCAUAUUCCAAAAUUGCUGGAGAACAACCUUUUUUUAAAAAAAGGGGGGGGUGGUGGUGGAAUGACCGUGUUUCAUACUCAAACACAUAUUAAUAAAAGGAAAGCAUUGAAGUUUGUAGUGAAAUGUCAAUUUUCAUCCUUAGUUCAUUGUACUCUACUGAUAUUGAUAUGAGAAAUGGACAAAAACCUGCUCAGUUAAGAUUUCUUGGAGCCAGCAUUGUGGCAUAGCAGGUAAAGCCGCCACCUGCAAUGCAGGCAUCACAUAUGGGCACCUGUUCAAGACCCAGCUGCUCCACUUCUAGUCCAACUCCCUGCUAAUGGCAACCCACAUAGGAGACCUGGAAGAAGCUCCUAGCUUCUGCCUGGCCCAGUGCUGGCCAAUGCAGCCAUCUGGGAAGUGAACCAGCUGAUGAGAAGAUCUGUCUCUCCUUCUCUGUUCUAAAACUUUAAAAUAAAUAAAGAAAAUGUUCUUUUAUUUGCCUUUUUUUUUUGAAAGGCAGAGUGGACAGUGAGAGAGAGAGAGAGAGAGGUCUUCCUUUACCGUUGGUUUGCCCUCCAAUGGCUGCCGCGGCCGGCGCACCGCACUGAUCCAAAGCUAGGAGCCAGGUGCUUCCCUGGUCUCCCAUGCGGGUGCAGGGCCCAGGCACUUGGGCCAUCCUCCACUGCACUCCCGGGCCACAGCAGGGAGCUGGCCUGGAAGAGGGGCAACCGGGACAGAAUCCAGCGCCCCGACCGGGACUAGAACACAGUGUGCCGGCGCCACAGGUGGAGGAUUAGCCUAUUGAGCUGUGGCGCCAGCCAUUAUUUGCUUUUUAAAUAAUUAAAAAUUGUAUCAGGCCUUGGACACGGCAGUUAAGAUGCUUUUGCUCCCAGAAUUCUACAGCAGGCACAUAUGGGACAAAUGGUGUGGAUACUCUAAAGGAGGGUUGUGGGGUGGGACUGAGACCAACAAAGUUAAUUUCACUUCCUGGGACAUAAAAAUGUUUCUUUUACUCUUCUCUUUAAUUUUAAAUAAAAGCAAUGCGUGUACAUGAUUAAAGUUUUCCCUCACUUAGAAUCCAAAAUUAUACACUCAAACAAGACCAGCAAAACAACGAAAAACUUAUUAGCAAACUAAGCUCAGUGAAAGACUGUUUUUAUACUUGUUCAUUUUGUCAGCUCUUCUGGAGCGUGCAACCAAGAAGUAGCAAAUGCCAAAAAUGUAAGAAAAUGUUAUAUAAUUAAAACAAAACAAGAAAAUA